GCUCAGUGACACACACGUAUGGAUCCUCUGAUGCUCCUGUUUCUUCUCAUUGCUGGGCUCACAGGUGAUGACAGUGUGUCCUCAGUGGGACGGGUGUUUGUACAGAGAGGAGGAUCUGUCACCAUCCCAUGUUACUAUGACAACAUGUAUCAACAACAUGUGAAAUACUGGUGCAAAGAUAAUUAUUCUUCGGAUCCAUGUACUCCCAUAGUACGCAGUGACUCUCUACAGAAGAAGGGUAAAGUGUCAAUCAGAGAUGAUCCUGACCAACGAGUCUUCACUGUGAUCAUGAACAAUCUGACAGCUGGGGACUCUGGUUACUACUGGUGUGGUGUGGAGAUCAGCGGAGGUGCAGCUGUGGGAACAUGGGUUUACCUGUCAGUCACUGAAGGUGUGUCCACACUGAACACGGUGUCUGUACAGAGAGGAGGAACUGUUACCAUCGCAUGUUACUAUGACAACAUGUAUCAACAACAUGUGAAAUACUGGUGCAGGGGAAGUGACUGGAGUUCAUGUACUCCCAUAGUACACACUAAUUAUCCAAAGAUAAGUGAAGUGUCAAUCAGAGAUGAUCCUAACCAGCCAGUCUUCGCCCUUACCAUUAAUAAUGUAAAACCUGCGGAUUCUGGUUACUACUGGUGUGGUGUGGAGAUCAGCAGAGGUUCAGCUGUGGGAACAUGGAUGCAGCUGUCAGUCACUGCGGGUGUGUCCACACUGAACACGGUGACUGUACAGAGAGGAGGAUCUGUCACCAUCCCAUGUUUCUAUGACAACAUGUAUCAACAGCAGGUGAAAUACUGGUGCAAAGGGAGUGACUGGAGUUCAUGUACUCCCAAAGUACGCAGUGACUCUCCACAGACGAAGGAUGAAGUGUCAAUCAGAGAUGAUCCUGACCAGCGAGUCUUCACCGUGACCAUGAACAAUCUGAAACCUGGGGACUUUGGUUCCUACUGGUGUGGUGUGGAGAUCAGCAGAGGUGCAGCUGUGGGAACACGGGUUUCCCUGUCAGUCACUGAGGGUGUGUCCACACUGAACACGGUGUCUGUACAGAGAGGAGGAUCUGUCACCAUCACAUGUUUCUAUGACAACAUGUAUCAACAACAUGUGAAAUACUGGUGCAAUGGGAGUGACUGGAAUUCAUGUACUCCCAUCGUACGCAGUGACUCUCCACAGACGAAGGAUGAUGUGUCAAUCAGAGAUGUUCCUGACCAGCGAGUCUUCACUGUGAGCAUGAACAAUCUGCAAACUGGGGACUCUGAUUACUACUGGUGUGGUGUGGAGAUCAGCAGAGGUUCAGCUGUGGGAACAUGGAUGCAGCUGUCAGUCACUGCGGGUGUGUCCACACAGAACACGGUGACUGUACAGAGAGGAGGAUCUGUCACCAUCCUAUGUUCCUAUGACAACAUAUAUCAAAAACAUGUGAAAUACUGGUGUAAAGGGAGUGACUGGAGUUCAUGUACUCCCAUAGUACGCACUGACUCUCCACAGACGAAGGGUGAAGUAUCAGUCAGAGAUGAUCCUGACCAGCCAGUCUUCACUGUGAUCAUCAACAAUCUGACAGCUGUGGACUCUGGUUUCUACUGGUGUGGUGUGGAGAUCAGCAGAGGUUCAGCUGUGGGAACAUGGGUUUCCCUGUCAGUCACUGAGGGUGUGUCCACACUGAACACGGUGUCUGUACAGAGAGGAGGAUCUGUCACCAUCCCAUGUUUCUAUGACAACAUGUAUCAACAGCAGGUGAAAUAUUGGUGCAAAGGGAGUGACUGGAGUUCAUGUACUCCCAUAGUACGCACUGACUCUCCACAGACGAAGGGUGAUGUGCCAAUCAGAGAUGAUCCUGUUAAGCGAGUCUUCAAUGUGACCAUGAACAAUCUGACAGCUGUGGACUCUGGUUCCUACUGGUGUGGUGUGGAGAUCAGCAGAGGUGCAGCUGUGGGAUCACGGGUUUCCCUGUCAGUCACUGAGGGUGUGUCCACACUGAACACGGUGUCUGUACAGAGAGGAGGAUCUGUCACCAUCCCAUGUUCCUAUGAUGACAGAUAUAAAACACAUGUGAAAUACUGGUGCAAUGGGACUGACUGGAGUUCAUGUACUCCCAUAGUACAUACUGACUCUACACAGAUAAGUAGUGAAGUGUCAAUCAUAGAUGAUCCUGACCAGCGAGUCUUCAAUGUGACCAUGAACAAUCUGACAGCUGUGGACUCUGGUUCCUACUGGUGUGGUGUGGAGAUCAGCGGAGGUGCAGCUGUGGGAACACGGGUUUACCUGUCAGUCACUGAGGGUGUGUCCAGACUGAACAUGGUGUCUGUACAGAGAGGAGGAUCUGUCACCAUCCCAUGUUACUAUGACAACAUAUAUCAAAAACAUGAGAAAUACUGGUGCAGAGGGAGUGACUGGAGUUCAUGUACUCCCAUAGUACACACUGAUUCUAUACAGAUAAGUGGUGAAGUGUCAAUCAGAGAUGAUCCUGACCAGCCAGUCUUCAAUGUGACCAUGAACAAUCUGAAACCUGGGGACUCUGGUUCUUACUGGUGUGGUGUGGUCAUCAGCGGAGGUGCAGCUGUGGGAACACGGGUUUACCUGUCAGUCACUGAGGGUGUGUCCACAGUGAACACAGUGACUGUACAGAGAGGAGGAUCUGUCACCAUCCCAUGUUACUAUGACAACAUAUAUCAAAAACAUGAGAAAUACUGGUGCAAUGGGAGUGACUGGAGUUCAUGUACUCCCAUAGUACGCACUGACUCUCCAAAGAAAAGUGGUGAAGUGUCAAUCAGAGAUGAUCCUGUUAAGCCAGUCUUCACUGUGACCAUCAACAAUCUGAGAGCUCCUGGUUACUACUGGUGUGGUGUGGACAUCAGCGGAGGUGCAGCUGUGGGAACACGGGUUUACCUGUCAGUCACUGAGGGUGUGUCCACAGUGAACACAGUGACUGUACAGAGAGGAGGAUCUGUCACCAUCCCAUGUUACUAUGACAACAUAUAUCAAAAACAUGAGAAAUACUGGUGCAAUGGGAGUGACUGGAGUUCAUGUACUCCCAUAGUACGCACUGACUCUCCAAAGAAAAGUGGUGAAGUGUCAAUCAGAGAUGAUCCUGUUAAGCCAGUCUUCACUGUGACCAUCAACAAUCUGAGAGCUCCUGGUUACUACUGGUGUGGUGUGGACAUCAGCGGAGGUGCAGCUGUGGGAACACGGGUUUACCUGUCAGUCACUGAGGGUGUGUCCACACUGUACACGGUGACUGUACAGAGAGGAGGAUCUGUCACCAUCCCAUGCUACUAUGACAACAUAUAUAAACAGCAGGUGAAAUACUGGUGCAAAGGGAGUGACUGGAGUUCAUGUACUCCCAUAGUACGUACUGACUCUCCAAAGAAAAGUGGUGAAGUGUCAAUCAGAGAUGAUCCUGUUAAGCCAGUCUUCAUUGUGACCAUCAACAAUCUGAGAGCUCCUGGUUACUACUGGUGUGGUGUGGUCAUCAGCGGAGGUGCAGCUGUGGGAACACGGGUUUACCUGUCAGUCACUGAGGGUGUGUCCACAGUGAACACAGUGUCUGUACAGAGAGGAGGAUCUGUCACCAUCCCAUGUUACUAUGACAACAUAUAUAAACAGCAGGUGAAAUACUGGUGCAGAGGGAGUGGCUGGAGCUCAUGUACUCCCAUAGUACGCACUGACUCUCCAAAGAAAAAUGGUGAAGUGUCAAUCAGAGAUGAUCCUGUUAAGCCAGUCUUCACUGUGACCAUCAACAAUCUGAGAGCUACUGGUUACUACUGGUGUGGUGUGGACAUCAGCGGAGGUGCAGCUGUGGGAACACGGGUUUACCUGUCAGUCACUGAGGGUGUGUCCACACUGAACACGGUGACUGUACAGAGAGGAGGAUCUGUCACCAUCCCAUGUUACUAUGACAACAUGUAUCAACAACAUGUGAAAUACUGGUGCAGAGGGAGUGACUGGAGUUCAUGUACUCCCAUAGUACACACUUACUCUCCAAAGAAAAGUGGUGAAGUGUCAAUCAGAGAUGAUCCUGACCAGCGAGUCUUCAAUGUGACCAUGAACAAGCUGACAACUGUGGACUCUGGUUCCUACUGGUGUGGUGUGGAGAUCAGCGGAGGUGCAGCUGUGGGAACACGGGUUUACCUGUCAGUCACUGAGGGUGUGUCCACAGUGAACACAGUGUCUGUACAGAGAGGAGGAUCUGUCACCAUCCCAUGUUUCUAUGACAACAUGUAUCAACAACAUGUGAAAUACUGGUGCAAUGGGAGUGACUGGAAUUCAUGUACUCCCAUAGUACACACUGACUCUACACAGAUAAGUGGUGAAGUGUCAAUCAGAGAUGAUCCUGUCCAGCGAGUCUUCAAUGUGACCAUGAACAAUCUGACAGCUGGGGACUCUGGUUCCUACUGGUGUGGUGUGGAGAUCAGCAGAGGUGCAGCUGUGGGAACACGGGUUUCCCUGUCAGUCACUGAGGGUUUCCCAGAGCUGUCAGUGGACAAACAGGAGGUGACGGGUGUGGAAGGAGACAGUGUCACUGUUCAGUGUCGCUAUACAGACAGUUACAGUCAGAAGCGGUGGUGUAAGGUCAGGCGCUCCUGUGUAUCAAGUUCUAUGGGUUUGGAUGGGAGGCCUGUUUUGAUCACGGAUGACAGAGAUAAUAACAUCUUUAGUGUGACAAUGAGGGGACUGGAGAGGAAGGACACAGGCUGGUAUUGGUGUGAUAAUGGAACCCUGCAGAUCCCAGUUCAUAUUACUGUCAGUCCGAGAACUGCAACCACAACCAGCACUGAAAGUGCUGACAGUGUGUCCUCAGUGGGAUGGGUGUCUGUACAGAGAGGAGGAUCUGUCACCAUCCCAUGUUUCUAUAACAACAGAUAUCAGCAACAUGUGAAAUACUGGUGCAGAGAUUAUUAUUCUUCAGAUUCAUGUACUCCCAUCGUACGCAGUGACUCUCCACAGAUGAAGGAUCAUGUGUCAAUCAGAGAUGAUCCUGGCCAGCGAGUCUUCACUGUGAGCAUGAACAAUCUGCAAACUCGGGACUCUGGUUACUACUGGUGUGGUGUGGAGAUCAGCAGAGGUUCAGCUGUGGGAACAUGGAUGCAGCUGUCAGUCACUGCGGGUUUCCCAGGGCUGUCAGUGGACAAACAGGAGGUGACGGGUGUGGAAGGAGACAGUGUCACUGUUCAGUGUCGCUAUACAGACAGUUACAGUCAGAAGCGGUGGUGUAAGGUCAGGCGCUCCUGUGUAUCAAGUUCUAUGGGUUUGGAUGGGAGGCCUGUUUUGAUCACGGAUGACAGAGAUAAUAACAUCUUUAGUGUGACAAUGAGGGGACUGGAGAGGAAGGACACAGGCUGGUAUUGGUGUGAUAAUGGAACCCUGCAGAUCCCAGUUCAUAUUACUGUCAGUCCGAGAACUGCAACCACAACCAGCACUGAAAGUGCUGACAGUGUGUCCUCAGUGGGACGGGUGUCUGUACAGAGAGGAGGAUCUGUCACCAUCCCAUGUUCCUAUGAAGACCGUUAUAAAGCAUAUGUGAAAUACUGGUGCAGAGAUUAUUAUUCUUCAGAUUCAUGUACUCCCAUAAUACGUGGUGACUCUCUACAGAAGAGGAAUGAAGUGUCAAUCAGAGAUGAUCCUGAUCGACGAGUCUUCAAUGUGACUAUGAACAAUCUGACAGCUGUGGACUCUGGUUACUACUGGUGUGGUGUGGAGAUCAGCGGAGGUGCAGCUGUGGGAACAUGGAUCCAGCUGUCAGUCACUGAAGGUUCCCCAGGGCUGUCAGUGGACAAACAGGAGGUGACGGGUGUGGAAGGAGACAGUGUCACUGUUCAGUGUCGCUAUACAGACAGUUACAGUCGGAAGCAGUGGUGUAAGGUCAGGCGCUCCUGUGUAUCAAGGUCUUUGGGUUUGGAUGGGAGGCCUGUCCUGAUCAGGGAUGACAAAGUAAAGAAAGUCUUCAGUGUGACAAUGAGGGGACUGGAGAGGAAGGACAGAGGCUGGUACUGGUGUGAUACUGGAAAAGUGCAGAUCCCAGUUCAUAUUACUGUCAGUCUGAGAACUACAACCACAACCAGCACUGAACGUGCUGACAGUGUGUCCUCAGUGAGAUGGGUGUCUGUACAGAGAGGAGGAUCUGUCACCAUCCCAUGUUUCUAUAACAACAGAUAUCAGCAACAUGUGAAAUACUGGUGCAGAGAUUAUUAUUCUUCAGAUUCAUGUACUCCCAUCGUAAGCAGUGACUCUCCACAGAAGAAGGAUGAUGUGUCAAUCAGAGAUGAUCCUGGCCAGCGAGUCUUCACUGUGAGCAUGAACAAUCUGCAAACUCGGGACUCUGAUUACUACUGGUGUGGUGUGGAGAUCAGCAGCGGUUCAGCUGUGGGAACAUGGAUGCAGCUGGCAGUCACUGCGGGUUUCCCAGGGCUGUCAGUGGACAAACAGGAGGUGACGGGUGUGGAAGGAGACAGUGUCACUGUUCAGUGUCGCUAUACAGACAGUUACAGGCAGAAGCAGUGGUGUAAGGUCAGGCGCUCCUGUGUAUCAAGUUCUUGGGGUUUGGAUGGGAGGCCUGUUUUGAUCACGGAUGACAGAGAUAAUAACAUCUUUAGUGUGACAAUGAGGGGACUGGAGAGGAAGGACACAGGCUGGUAUUGGUGUGAUAAUGGAACCCUACAGAUCCCAGUUCAUAUUACUGUCAGUCCGAGAACUGCAACCACAACCAGCACUGAAAGUGCUGACAGUGUGUCCUCAGUGAGAUGGGUGUCUGUACAGAGAGGAGGAUCUGUCACCAUCCCAUGUUCCUAUAAAGACCGUUAUAAAGCACAUGUGAAAUACUGGUGCAGAUGGGCUUAUAGCCAUCCAUGUACUCCCAUCGUACGCAGUGACUCUCCACAGAUGAAGGAUGAAGUGUCAAUCAGAGAUGAUCCUAACCAGCGAGUCUUCAAUGUGACUAUGAACAAUCUGACAGCUGUGGACUCUGGUUACUACUGGUGUGGUGUGGAGAUCAGCGGAGGUGCAGCUGUGGGAACAUGGAUCCAGCUGUCAGUCACUGAAGGUGUGUCCAGACUGAACACGGUGUCUGUACAGAGAGGAGGAUCUGUCACCAUCCCAUGUUUCUAUGACAACAUAUAUAAAAAACAUGAGAAAUACUGGUGCAAUGGGAGUGACUGGAGUUCAUGUACUCCCAUAGUACGUACUGACUCUACACAGAUAAGUGGUGAAGUGUCAAUCAGAGAUGAUCCUGACCAGCGAGUCUUCAAUGUGACCAUGAACAAUCUGACAGCUGGGGACUCUGGUACCUACUGGUGUGGUGUGGAGAUCAGCAGAGGUUCAGCUGUGGGAAGACGGGUUUACCUGUCAGUCACUGAAGGUGUGUCCACACUGAACACGGUGUCUGUACAGAGAGGAGGAUCUGUCACCAUCCCAUGUUUCUAUGACAACAUGUAUCAACAACAUGAGAAAUACUGGUGCAAUGGGAGUGACUGGAGUUCAUGUACUCCCAUAGUACACAGUAAAUCCUCAAAUAUAAGUAGUGAAGUGUCAAUCAGAGAUGAUCCUGACCAGCGAGUCUUCAAUGUGACCAUGAACAAUCUGACAGCUGGGGACUCUGGUUCCUACUGGUGUGGUGUGGAGAUCAGCGGAGGUGCAGCUGUGGGAUCACGGGUUUCCCUGUCAGUCACUGAGGAUGAUGAAGAAGGAGGGAAUAAUGAAAAACAGAGCUUGUUUCUGUAUGUAGGACUGGGCUUAUUGGUGCUGCUGUUGAUCAUCAUCAUCAUCACAUGGAAAGUGUGGGACAAACACAAGAAAAAAAGGGCCAUGAACCAAAAUGCAGGAAGUACAGAAUUAACAUUGAACCCAGACCAUGAAUACGCCAUCAUAGACAGAACUGGCAUCACCAAGGGAGACCCAGCAGAGCAGGCCUCUGUGGAGCCUGGUGCUGAUGUCACCUACAGCUCCAUUCUCCUGCCAGAUCCACAGGUGUCCUCUAGAUGUUCUUCACAUCGUCCUGCUGUAACCCCAGCCAGCGAUGUGGUCUACAGCUCAGUCACCCUGAAGCACAGAGAGUAGGGGGCAGCAACACAGAGAGGCUCCUCUACCUGUGGGGAGCUGCUGCUCUGGAUGAGGGCUGUGAGGGAGACACACAUACUGCAGUGAUCAUCACCAGACAGGAGCAUCUUACAGUGAUGUGAGCUGUAUUUAAAUAGCAUGCAGCUCUCUCACAUUAUAGUAUGAUCAAUGUUUGCCUCACUUGUACGUUGCUUUGGACAAGAUGGAAUAAAUGUAAAUGUAAGGUAUUAUCUUGGUCUGUGAAUUGUCACUUUUCAUUCAUAUAAAUGGAAAAAAUAUCAUCAGCUAUCCUGUUUGUUUAGUAUAAAAUAAAAUGUUUGCUAUUUCAAUAUGCAUCAUUUUCAGGGUAUUUGCCAGUGUCUGUUUGUCUCUUGUACUGUUGAGCAUUUAGUGAGGUCUAAGGGCUCCGGCUUUAAUUUUAUGCUCUUCUUGCGCACUUCACUGCCCCCUGCUGGAGCAGCUUUGCUAUUUCGCUGCCUCCCUGCUCUCCUCUGACUGUGGAAUUAGAAGCUGACCUGUUACCAUCAUAUCACAUUUGAGGAUAAAAGCUUUAGCUUUAGGUUUCCACAGAAUGUUAGGCUUUUGCUUAUUGAUAAAUUGAGUAUUAUUAUAUAGUAAAAUGCAGACCACAGACUGUGUGGCUCAUCAUACAUACUGUUA